CGCAGCCCUCAGCGUUGCCAACGCACGGGCUUCUAUCUAUGGCCGCCAGCAGAGCUUCCAACUGUAUGGAACAUUUCAGUCCGGAAAAGUUAAAAGACUGGCCAGAGCCUGAGUUGCUUUCUUCAAUGGAGGUAUUAGCUAGGGAAGACAUUGAUGGAGCUGUGCAUGCAAUACUAUUUCGAGAAGAUUAUGUUGUGAAGAAAAUGGAUAUAUAUUUUCAGCAUGUGGAUUUUAUUAAGGAAAGAAAAAAGGAGUUAUCACAUAAGAAAUGGGUCAAACAAGUUGCAGAGCCUCUUCAGCAGACAGUAGUGAAAAAAGUACUUUCAUGCAAAAAAUCAGAGAAAAAACAAGAGAAAUAUGGAUAUUUCUUAAAGCACGCCAACAAAACGAUUACAACCCCUUCAUUGGAGGAUGCUCAGGUUCAAAGGCAGCAAGAGCUGGAUGACAAGGAGAGACUUCAUGUCCAACAAGGGACAGGAAAAAGAUGCUCCGCCCUCAAACAACGUAAAGAAACAGAGAAGGAAUUGUCUCAGAUCCUUUUCACUCCACGCAGCGUGGUCCCAGUAGCGUGGGCAAAAGCUUCUGGAAGACCCAUGAAGAACAGAAGUGGUGAAAUGUACAGUGCUGAAAACGUGUCUGAAGACAAGACGACUGACUUGAGUCAGAAUGCUUUUGAAAGGCAGUACUAUUCCUCCACGCUCAGGCAGUACGGAGAGGUUGAAGACAAGACUGACUUGAGUCAGAAUGCUUUUGAAAGGCAGUACUAUUCCUCCACGCUCAGGCAGUACGGAGAGGCUGAAAAGAAGUAUCUGGUGAGCUGAGAGCUGGGAAGCCCAAGUUUUCCACACCCAGUGGGCAAGUACUGAUGACGAAGCAGAGGCUCUGACAAAGCCCCCCUCACAGAGGGGCUCCCUGGGCAGAGGAAGCAGCGUCUGGGCAUGGGAGAGUAAAGGAGGUGCAGAAGGGGCUGGCUGGGGCUCAGAAGGUGGCUUAGCGGUAGAGUGCUUGCCUAGCAUGCAUGAAGCCCUGGGUUCGA